CCAAUGGCGAAGAAGACGUACGACCUGCUUUUCAAGCUGCUCCUGAUCGGGGACUCGGGAGUGGGGAAGACCUGCGUCCUUUUUCGCUUUUCGGAUGAUGCCUUCAAUACCACGUUUAUUUCCACUAUAGGAAUAGACUUUAAGAUCAAAACAGUUGAGUUACAAGGAAAGAAGAUCAAGCUACAGAUAUGGGAUACGGCAGGCCAGGAACGAUUUCACACCAUCACAACCUCCUACUACAGAGGAGCAAUGGGUAUCAUGCUAGUAUAUGACAUCACCAAUGGUAAAAGUUUUGAAAACAUCAGCAAAUGGCUUAGAAACAUAGAUGAGCAUGCCAAUGAAGAUGUGGAAAGAAUGUUACUAGGAAACAAGUGUGAUAUGGAUGAUAAAAGAGUUGUACCUAAAGGAAAAGGAGAACAGAUUGCAAGGGAGCAUGGUAUUAGAUUUUUUGAGACUAGUGCAAAAGCAAAUAUAAACAUCGAAAAGGCGUUCCUCACAUUAGCUGAAGAUAUCCUUCGAAAGACCCCUGUAAAAGAGCCCAACAGUGAAAAUGUAGAUAUCAGCAGUGGAGGCGGCGUGACAGGCUGGAAGAGCAAAUGUUGCUGAGCGCUCUCCUGUUCCAUCAGUUGCCAUCCACCCUGUUUUCUCUUCUUGCUGCAAAAUAAACCACUCUGUCCAUUUUUAACUCUAAACAGAUAUUUUUGUUCCUCAUCUUAACUAUCCAAUUCACCUGUUUUAUUUGUUCUUUCAUCUCUGCUUGCUGACUUUAUAAUUUUCUUCAAAGAAAAAAAUGUAUAGAAAAAUCAUGUCUGUGACUUCAUUUUUAAUGUACUUGCUCAGCUCACCACUGCAUUUCAGUUGUAUUAUAGUCCAGUUCUUCUUAUCAACAUUAAAACCUAUAGCAAUCAUUUCAACUCUAUUCUGCAAAUUGUAUAAGAAUAAAAGUUAGAAUUAACAAUUUUAUUUUGUACAACAGUGGAAUUUUCUGUCAUGGAUAAUGUGCUUGAGUCCCUAUAAUCUAUAGACAUGUGAUAGCAAAAGAAACAAAAGCCAGGAAAACACUCAUUUCCGCCUUGAAUAUGUAAAUGGGGUUAAUUUUGUCCUGUGCCUUAUGUGGAAAGGAACUUUUUUGGUUUUUCCUUUUUUGUUUGGUGGAAGCAUGUGCAGGAGACAUAUCAUCCAAACAUAAACCAUUAACAUGUUUGUGGUUUGCUUGGCUGUAAUUUUCAAAGUAGUUAACUGAGGAUGAAGGGUAAUGCAGAAAUGAUAGCUUUGGUUUGCUGAGUCUCAUUUUAAGUGGCCUUGAUAUUUCAAACUGCUCCUGCCGCCAUUUCUUCUCCUCGGCCACUUUCUCCUCGUGUCUGUCUUCUGCAUGCUGCUUUAUUUGCUUCUCCCUCCCCCCACCCCAUGUUAUGAGUUAUUUAAAAACAAAAGGGACAAACUGGUAGGUUUGUCAAGUUUAACAUAAAGCACUGAUUUAACUUGCUAAGUAAACUGAAAGAUGAGUCCUAACUGCCUACUAUCAAAUAGUCAAUUGUGUCUCCCCUCCUUUUCUCUCCCCUGGAUCUUCUGUCCCAGACCCCUUCCUUGGCUGUUUGACUUCGUGUUCCUCUUCUCCUCCCCUCUUUGUUCCCUUCCUGUCUAGCCAUUGAGUUUAUGAAAUGGAAGAGUUAAUUGCAUGCACUAGUGUUUGGAGGGUGUUGUGGUUUGUCUUUCUAAGUAGGUGUAUUGCCUAUUCACUUUCCUAGAAUAAAUCUCUUACCCUAAAUUUGAGUAGUCUCCAUUCUGGCAACUCCUCUAGCAGUUUGGUAGCCCAGUAAGGUCGUUUCAAGCGAGGUGGGAAGGAGGAGUGACAUUGAUUAACAGGUUUGCCAAAUAUAUUGAAAUUUGGCCUUUGAAGAACACUUUUUCAGUGUUAAGUUGUCUUUACCUUAAGAUUUUGAAAUGUUUUUGACUAUUAUUAAUUUUAAGUUCUGUCUUCACAUCUCUUUGGAAAACUUGUAUUACCAUGGAUUUGGAAAAAAGACAACAAAGGCUUUUCAUGUAAAGCUAAGACCUCUAGCUAUGUCUAACCCUGUCCUUUUUCACUUUGUUUUUCUAGUUUUGCUUCAUUCCUUAUCAUUAGGAUAGGGUGAGUUAAGUUUGCUACGCUGCUAGCAUCCUAAGAUGAUACCUUUGUUGAAAUAAUUGUGAAUAGCAUGAUUCAUUUCUAGCAGAGGCUGAGUUUAGGACAGCAGCUUCCAUUGAAAAGUCUUUCUGUGUCGUGGAUAGCAUUUUAAUGCCCUCUUGGCUCACAUAAACAAACAACAUAGGGACGAAUCUGCUAUGAACAUCCAUGAAUUUUUCAGAUAGUGCCCUAAAAAUGAUUUUAUAUGCCUCACUGGUGGUUGUUCUUAGGUUUUUCCCUCACUUGACUUUAUCAUUGUUUACUACUAGUAAAAGCAGCAUUGCCAAAUAAUCCCUAAUUUUCCACUAAAAAUAAUAAUGAAAUGAUGUUAAGCUUCUCGAAAAGUUUUAGGUUAAACCUACUGUUGUUAGAUUAAUUUUACUGUCUUGUUGCUUUCCUUUAUCUGGAAUGUGGCAGUAGCUUUUUUAUUUUUAAACCUCUUUAAUCCUUAUUCAAUUCAGUGACUUAAGGUUUGAGAGCUAAACACUGGGAUUUUGGGUAACAGACAGUUUUGUUGUUUGCAUAAUUAUAAUCGGCAUUGUACAUAGAAAGGAUAUGGCUACCUUUUGUUAAAUCUGCACUUUCUAAAUAUCAAAAAAAAGGGAAAUGGAGUAUAAAUCAAUUUUUGUAUAACCUGUUUGAAACAUGAGUUUUAUUUGCUUAAUAUUAGGGCCUUGCCCCUUUUUCUGUAAGUCUCUUGGGAUCCUGUGUAGAAGCUGUUCUCAUUAAACACCAAACAGUUAAGUCCAUUCUCUGGUACUAGCUACAAAUUCGGUUUCAUAUUCUACUUAACAAUUUAAAUAAACUGAAAUAUUUCUAGAUGGUCUACUUCUGUUCAUAUAAAAACAAAACUUGAUUUGCAA